AAAUUAUCUCUUUUUAAAAUUAUAUUUUCAGAUUUUGGAUAAUUCUUACUAUUAUUAAUUUUAAUCAAUUAUCUAAUCAAAUCAAUUAAAAUUUCGUUUUUAUUUUUUAAUUUAGUUAUACAUUUUAUUCAUUAAGAGUAUAAACGAUAUUAACCACUCUAACUUUUAACGUGAUAGCUCGAUUCUAAAAAUUUAGUUUGCAAAUAAUAGUAUAGAUACAUCCUAUAAAUAUGAACUAAACACUACGUCUAUGAUAUGAAUUUAAGGUCGGUCGGAUCAGUAUCUAGAUGGUGGCAGUAGAAUAAGAGGUGAAAAGGACAUAUCACACCAUAACAAAUAUGGAUAGUUUGUGAUAAUUAGGAGAACAACACCCAUUUCAAAACAUGAGUUGAAUGAUCGAUCACUAAAGGAGUAUAAAUCACUACCAAAUUUUGACUGAUUUUGUUUCAACACUUUAGAAUGAUCGUAACAACUUUGUUUAACAAAAAAAUAAAAAAUAUCAAUUGAAGUAACGAAAGCUAAACGUUCAACUUCUUACGAACUUUUGACUUGGUUAUAAUGUACAAGCGUGUAGGACAACUGUACCACAGAAAAUUUGGGUAACAACACGCGCUUUAAAUGUUAAAAAAAAAGAAGACAACACGCGCUUUAACCUUUUGUAAUAAAGUUUUAAACGAUAUAAUCUCUAAUAGCACACAAAUUUCUGAUAGCUGAUCACAUAUGUUAAAGUUAAAUGGUGAUUUACGUAGGAAAUACGUGUAUCACCAUUUACGCUUAAUUAUUGUAAGAAAAAAAAUGAUUAGCUAUGUUAUCUGAGUUUUCACUUUUCUGAUUAUUAAUAUUUGAUUAAAUCAUGUUAAACACCAGCAUAGCAUGCAUGCUGAACCUUGAAUUUUGAAUUCUCUUGUAGAAAGAAAAGAGACAUGGAUAACGUAUACUGUAAAAUCUUUUCAUAGUAUUACUACAAAAAUGUAAGUGUUAGCUAUGUAAUAUGUAAUAUGUUGUACAUAUAAUAUAAUUAUAUAAGUAUUUUUCAUGUUCUUUUCGUUUGGCCUACUGAGUGUAUUCUUUGUCCAAUGGAAUAUUAGUCUAGUGGCUACCACAUGCAAGUCCACAUAAAUCCUGAUUUCGAUCGAAUCUGCAGUACUGCAUUACUUGAGUGAACUCUUAAUAAAAAAGUGAUCAGCGGGUCCGGGACUACACAACGCGAUAAGUUAUUUUUGUACAAAAUAUUAAUGGCAAUAUGCAAAUUAUAUAGUCCAUGCCUAUAGAAAGCAAUGAUAAUAGCAUAAAUGUAGGCAAUGAGUGCACAAAGAGUUUAUGAUCAAAAGAAAGGAAAUGUGUAGGGUUACUCUUCUUGGUUGAAAGAAAAGUGUGUUCAUGACAAAUCAAAGAAUAGGACGGUGUGAUUUAGAUGUUUUUAAGUGAUCCCAUCAUGUUGUUUUCUUAUUUUUUAAAUUUACUAAUUAAGACUCGUGCAUGUGUUCUUAUGCGUUUGUCCAAUCUUUUGGAAAGGAGAAAAGGUCAACAAGCACAAUAGCGUCUCCACCAUUUUCACAUAUUCUCUAUUGUAUCUUUACUCAGUCGUUUCAUCUACAUCGUCAUUUAAACAUUGAAACUUUGAAUUUUGUUUUGGUUUAAACAUCAAUUUUAUAUUAAUCAAACUGGGAGUACAUGAUUUUCACCCCAUAGGAUUCAACCACACUUAUAUACAAAGUCAUCUAGUAUCACACAUGACCACUUUUUUGGAUCCAGUGCUACCGGACCUCAACUUUGAUGUAAUUUAACCUAUGAGAACAAACCCUUCCUAAGACUCAGAAAGAGUUCUCUUAACUUGUUAUUUCGAUUUUUGUUUUCGUUUACCUUAGAAAUUAUUUUUAUCAUAUAAUAUUGUUUUUCAAGUUGUCAGAUAAUUAAAUGGUAUAGUAGCCACACAAAAAAUGAUCAAAUUACACUUAUCUAUAAAUGGGUGGACGUAUAUAUCGAGAUAGAUAUUAUGCUAGAUAUAGGAAGACCUUAAGGCCAAAAUUAAGAACAGGAUGAAGAAGUAACUUUCCAAAACAGGUAAAAUGGGUUAGGCUAAAAAAAAAGUUAGGCUUUGAACGUAAUGAUACCUCUUUUUAUUUCGAAAGUCAGCGGGAUGCGAAAAUGCGUAGUAACUUUGAAAUUAAAAACAUUUUAUUUAUUUCACUUUCAUGUUCAUGUAUUUAUCAUCUAACUGUAAUAUAUACAUGUAUGUGUUAUACCCAGACGAAUUUCUUUAAUUGAAAGCACUAGUUCAUGUCAAGUACAUACAUAUGAUCAAUGUCAAAUCUUAAUGAAAAUGAAAAUUUGAAGGGAGGAAACAGAGGUGCGAAGUUGACUAACAGUGACAAAGAAAGAUUGGUGUGGCAAAAUGCACCUUCUCUAAGAUAAGCCUUCCCCAUUACUGUCCUUUUCUUUCUCUUCCCUUCCCUCACCUUUUAGUCUUUUAAUUUUUUCUCUUGGUUCUUUAUUUAAACUGAUUUGCCAAAGAUAUAAUAAAAUAAAACGAAAAUAUUAAUUUUUCUUAUGAACUUAUGUUUAUAGAUUUUUUCAUCAAAUUUAUCUGCUGAAAGAAGUAUGCUUAUGAGAUUCAAAUUUAUAGGCUAAAAAAAUAUCUAAAAAAAAAUCUGUAAACUUAGAUAUAUAAAAGAAGGCAAAAGAGAUAAUCAAACUUCUAUGAAGUGAAAAAGUUUUCAAGACAAAUUUUACAUAUACUAAAAUAUAUACUGUUUUAAAAUAUAACUUAUUACAGUCUACAACAUUGUUUUUCUUUUGUAUAAUUGGGUCUUCAACAUCGUGUUUGUUAUGUUGAAAACUGCAAAGGAAAAUCGAGAUAUGGGCUGUUCGUUUCACCAUCUUUCAUCUCCAUCCAGAUGAUCAAUUUGUAUGAUCUAUCCAGUUGAUCCAUUUAGAUUUUUAAAACUGUUUGUUUGUCCAUCCAAAUGGCUCGUCUAGAUGAUUCAUCUGGAUGGAUCUUGUGUUUGUUUCUUUAUUUAUAUUUCUAUCUAGAUGAGUUUAGUAAACAAAUUACUAGAAUACCCUCGUAAUAAAUUCUAAUAAACAAAAAGAUUGAUAAACAUAUAUUUUAAAAAACUUUAAAGUUUCAAACUAAAAAAAAAUAUUAAUCAUAAACUGAUUGUAACUUCGGUUUUGGCGGAAAAAGAGAUUUUUCGAUUUUGGCGGGAAAAUACAAUUUUUGGUUUUGGCAAGAAAACAAUUUUUUUUGGAGUUUGGUGGGAAAACAUGAUUUUUGGUUUUAGCGAGAAAACGAGAUUUUGCAGUUUUACGGGAAACACACAUUUUUUGAGGUUUUAACGAGAAAACUAGCGGAAAAACACGUUUUACGAUUUGACGGGAAAACACAUUUUACGGUUUGGACGGAAAAAUGCGUUUUAGGUUUUAACAGGAAAAUGUGUUUUGUGGUUUUGUUAUUUUUUGUAUGUGACAAAAUGAUGUUAUGUUUAGGUUUUAAUUUGUGAAUUACAUCAGGGGUAUAAUAAACAUUAUAUCAUUUGUGACAGAACCAUCUCCAUCUAGAUGGUUCAAUUUGGAUCAGCCAGCUGAAUUUUAAAAUUACGUUUAAAUUUCUGAAAGUCAUCUGGAUGAUCCAUCUGAAUGAGUUGCACUUUUAGUGUCUAAACGUACAGAUCUCUCAUCUCCAUCCAGAUGGCUCAUCCAGAUGGAGAAACGAACAUGUCCAUAGAAGAGAGGUAAGUGCGACACAUUGCAAAACAAACACUUAAGAUUGAAUAAUAUCAUAUCAAUUUUAUUGUUCGUCAAGUGAAUACAUUAUUACUGAGCAUAGCGACGUGUGUGAUUUUUUAGAUGUUACAAUACUAAGAGCAUGAUUAAUAGAGAGUUCUUAGGAUGAAGUUCUUAGCGAAAUAUAAGAAACCGUCUCUUAACUUUUAACUAAAAAACUAAGAACCGGCUUUUAAAUAAGAUAUUUAAAAGCUGAUUCUUAUUCUUAGUUAAAUUUUAAAAGACAAGUUCUUAUAUUCUUUUAAGAACUUCAUCUUAAUUAAGAACCUCCUAUUAAUCAUGCUCUAAUGCGUUAAAUCCACGAUUUCGUGAAUUAUUCGGUUGACUAGCUUAUUUCAAAUAUUGAUAUAUGUUACUUUGACACGACAGGUUGAUGUUGCGUAGCGUGAGCAUUGUUAAAGAUGCAAUGUAACAGAUUUUGAUAACAUCCGCUAUUUUAUAUCUAUAUAUCUUACCUAUAUAGAAUUUGGUAAGUUCACACUAAGCUUGUGAACAUAAAGAACCAUUAUUAUUGGAACAAUGUACAUAAGGCUAGAGGAACAUCUUUUUUUUUGUGGGAUGUCGCAACGCUUUUAAUCUCAUAUCGAAACUUGAGUUUAGUACAUGUAAGCAAGCUUGUUUUGCUAAUAGAUCCGUCAUAUGAUUGGAACACUGAACACAACGCUUUAUAAAUAGGGAAAAGCUGACAAACGACAAGGCAUUUUUACGUUUGGUUUAAUCACUACUUAACGGCCUUAUAUUAUACACCAAAGUAUAAACAAAUGAAUAAAGUAUAUUGUAACAUUCUAACUAAAUCGGAAGUAAAAAUAUAGUAAAAUAUGUGAUUUCAAUAUCAAAUUAUCGGAAAAAUCUUGUCCCAUAUUCUUUUGGUUUUGUUUCAACUACUAAAUCCAUCGUGAUGAAACACGAACCUUUACAAUCUGAAGCAUUUUUGUCCGAGUCGUACUAAACGUACGGUUUCUCGUGCUACUCCAAAACGUGAGUCGCUGUACAACGCUCCUACACACAUCGUUGGCUACCACACUCUAAAUCGCACUUCUCAGCAAUGGUAUUGUCACCGGCAGGAGAUGGGAGAUCUCUAUGGUACAACUUUUGACCUACUUGUACGAGUAUGGACUACUAAAUCCAUCGUGACGGGAAUAUCGCCCAUGAUAAGAGAAUCUCCAAAAUCAACCUUAUUUUUACAGUUGAGUGAACCUCAAAUCUGAUAUUCUCUAGUGGUAAAACCUUACAUCUGAUUUUUUUUUAAAAAUAUUUGCAUUAUAGUCCUUAAGAUUGAUUAAAGAUAAUAAAAAUUACAAACAUUUAUAAAUAAUAAAAUAUAUAUUAAAAAGUAUCACAAACAGUAUUAACAUUAUAUUAUAAUAAAUGAGAAUUAUAAAAACACAAAUUAAAUCAUAAAUUAUUAGUGAAAUACCAAAUUACUCAAUAUAAUUAUUUUUACAAUGUUCAAACACAAGAUCAAUUAAUAAAUGUCAAAAUAAUAUAAAACACAUUUAUUAAAUAUACAUAGGUUAUGAGCUUAAAUUUAUCGAAACUAACAAUUAUUAUGCAAAAUAUUUAGAAAAUAUCAAUUAUAAGGACUAAAAUGACAAAUAUAAAAGUUAACAUGGUUAUUUAAAAGAUACAUAACUGUAGAAAUGAAAAAAAAUUUAUAAAACUUAAUAUAUAAGAUUUUGACAGUCAAACCUCAAAUUUAAAAUUUUACUGUUCAAAACACUAAAAUUUGAGGUUUUGAAGUUGCUCUUGGAAUAUAUAAAACUUUAUAUUUGAUGUUUUAAACUUGUUCUUAGAGAUGUUUUAAGGCUGUCCAUAACUUUGACUUCAUUAAGAAAAGCUAUCAGAAUAAAAAUAUAUUAUAUCUUGUAAUGUGAAAAUAGUAAUUUUGAAAACUUUUUAGAUAUUCCUGACAUAUUCACGAGGUACUUCUCACAAUUAGUUAUAAGAGGCCUUUAAUUAAAAAUUAAUUAUAACUAAUUCAUAUUAAAAUAUUAGUAGUGUUUUUUGUCUGAUUUUUUUUUUAGGAUGAAGGUGCUAGGUCCAAAAUAUUAGUAUGAGAAACUGCCCCUUAUAUACAUAAAAACACAAAUUCACUAUUUAACCAAAAAUAUUCGCUCUCUUCGUUUCUCUCUUUAAUCUCUCGCUAAAAAUCUAAUUACUCUUUUUGAUUAUUUGGAAAAUAAUCCCUAAUAAUAUUGACCACUUUUUUUUUCUUUGGGUGUCAAUAACUUUACCGAUUCAAAGAUGAUUAAUAUCUAGAUAAUCAGCUGUGAUUAGAAUUUAUUAUACAUUGUUUGGUUUUGUAAUAGCCCAUCAAAAGACUGGUUAUAAAUCCAAGUCUUGAAAUCUCACUUAAAUUAUUUUUCCAUUUGGUGUUUAAUUGUUUUAUUUAGACACAUAAGGUAUUACCCCAUCCGCCACUAUACUUUUUACUUAUUAGUGAUGAUAGAGGUUGCACAUGAGCAUAGGGGAAGAUUUAUAUAUAACCAGAAAUUUCCAGUUAACCAUAUUAAAUAAAAGAUAGUUUGGAGAUAUUAUAUAAACUGCGCCUCUGUGGUUUAAUUUAUUUUAAGAUUAUCAACUUUCUAUUUGUUAGAACAUAUUUUCAGAGACUAAGGCUCUAAAUGGUAACUGCGGUUUGAGCGGUGCGGGACAAGCGGUUUAACUGCGGUGCGGUUUUAACAGUUAUAAAAAUGUAUAGAUAUAUGGUAUAUGUAUAUAUUUUUGUUACUGUUAACUGUAGUGCGGGGCAGUACGGUUCGUAACAUUCGAAGCCUAAGAGUUCUCCCCUUGUCACAAACUGUUCCACUGAUUUGGUUUCUCGUGCCUCCAGUUCUAUUGUUUCGGACAUUGCAAAGAUUGUUUGUGAUGAUGUACGAUGUUGGAAACGGGCUUUACCCCCACUUCAUACCCAGUGUAAGAACUCGGUUUAGUGUCAACAAUUUCCGGUAAAAAAGUAUAUAUGUUUUUGAACCCACUCUAAGCUGUACUUAGCACCAAGCUGAACUGUCGGACCAAAAUGUAAACGAAAUCAAGACAGUAAAUGUAAUUUGAAAGGCAUCUGAUACCCAGCGAAUAUCACGUCGCUCUUAUGAUCUACUUUCAACACCUAUAAAAGAAGAGCCAAGGAAAAUGAGAAGGGGAUCCAAGUUUUAUAUAUCAAGCUUAUAUUCUAACUACUAUUGUACUCUUUUAUUUUCAUAUAUCCUACCGCUCUUCACAAUUGUAUCAAAUCAUAAGAUCAAUAAUAUACAUUUUUCUUACAAGAUCAUCAGUAGACAUUUUUUUAUAGAUUACUUACUCGAUAUGCUAGUCUAAAUCAUAACCCUAAUUUUUGAAGUGAAUUUUGAGCUACCGUUAUAUCUUGUCAUGGGAGGUCCUGGUUGGUUAUACAACCGCUAAUCAUGGCGUUUAAUUUUGUAUUUGUGUUUUUCUUCUUCUUGAGAUUCAUUCUUUUGAGCUAAUUGUUAUUAACAAUUUUGGAAACUGAACUCAAACGGGGGAAAGAAAUGACUUUUUAUAUAUAUAUAUGAAUUAAUUACAAUAAGUCAAAUUGAUUUUAUAGGUCUUUGAUUGGUCGUCUGUGUGGUUGACCUGAAGAGAUGCUUUCCUCAGGACUUUCUAUUUUUAGUAAUCACUUCAUGCGUAUUGAUCAUUCCUAACUAAAUAAACAUAAAAAUAUACAAACGAUUCAAAAAUCAGUGCCUCUCCUACUUUUUCUCCUUGUCGAAUAAUUCGAUUAAACCAGAAAAAAAAACAAGACAAACUAAUAGGAAAUAAGAUAGAAUUAUAAGAUCUCCGACGAUUCUUUAAUCAAUUACUGGUCCCGGAGAAAAAAUGAUGAAAAAUAACAGUCCUAGCGAUGAAAAAUGGAUGUUAGAGAGUGUAGAGAUCGAUACAAUGGGUGAUACUUCUUCCAAAAAGCCAGACAUUAACGUCAAGAAGAACGAAGGUGGUCUGAAGAAGACUGCGUCAAGGGGUGUGGGAUCGAUAAUCCGCACGUUGAGCGUUUCGAACUGGAGAAAGAGCGGUAAUCUUGGCUCGCCAAGCACGAGGAAAAGCGGUAACCUGGGCCCUCCAGGUGCCGCGGUCCUUCCAAAGAAGGGUCCACAAAGAGUAGAGAGGACAACAUCUAGCGCUGCUAGGGGACUCCAGAGCUUACGGUUCCUUGAUCGGACGGUCACGGGAAAGGAAAGAGAUUCAUGGAGAUCUAUUGAGAACCGGUUUAAUCAGUUUUCUGUUGAUGGCAAAUUGCCUAAAGAGAAGUUCGGCGUAUGCAUUGGAAUGGGAGAUACAAUGGAGUUUGCGGGAGAAGUUUAUGAGGCAUUGGGUCGGAGAAGGCAAAUAGAGACAGAAAGUGGUAUUGACAAAGAACAACUUAAGCUGUUUUGGGAAGACAUGAUCAAGAAAGAUCUCGAUUGUCGUCUCCAGAUAUUCUUCGACAUGUGUGACAAGGACGGAGAUGGGAAGCUCACGGAAGAUGAAGUGAAAGAAGUCAUUGUCUUGAGCGCAGCCGCUAACCGCCUAGGGAACCUUAAAAAAAAUGCUGCCGCUUACGCUUCUUUGAUCAUGGAAGAACUCGAUCCUGAUCACAAGGGAUACAUCGAGAUGUGGCAGUUAGAAGUGCUCUUAACAGGGAUGGUGUCAAACGCUGAUACGGAGAAGAUGAAGAAAUCUCAAACGCUGACUCGAGCCAUGAUCCCAGAGCGGUACAGGACGCCAAUGAGCAAGUACGUUUCGGUGACCACAGAGUUAAUGCACGAGAACUGGAAGAAAAUAUGGGUCCUCACUUUGUGGCUCCUCAUCAACGUCUAUCUAUUCAUGUGGAAGUACAACGAAUUCAUGAGAAGCCCUCUCUACAACAUCACCGGACGCUGCGUUUGCGCCGCUAAAGGCUCGGCGGAAACGCUUAAAUUCAACAUGGCUCUAAUCUUGGUCCCAGUCUGUAGGAAAACCCUGACUAUGCUUAGGUCAUCGUUCUUGAGUCGCAUGAUCCCAUUCGAUGACAACAUUAACUUCCACAAGGUGAUUGCGUAUGCUAUCGCCUUCCAUGCAUUGCUACACACGCUGCUACACCUUUUCUGUAACUAUCCUAGGUUAAGUACGUGCUCUUACGACGUGUUCUUGAAGUAUGCUGGAUCUGCCUUGGGACACACGCAACCGAGCUAUCUUGGUUUGAUGAUGACGUCAGUGUCAAUCACUGGAGUUUUUAUGAUUUUUUUCAUGGGAUUCUCGUUUACGCUCGCGAUGCAUUAUUUUAGAAGGAACAUAGUGAAGUUGCCAAAACCGUUUAGCGUUCUUGCUGGGUUUAAUGCGUUUUGGUAUGCUCAUCAUUUGCUGAUUCUUGCUUAUGUUCUGCUCAUUCUUCAUGGUUACUAUCUUAUCAUCGAGAAGCCUUGGUACGAGAAAACGACAUGGAUGUACGUGGCCGUUCCGAUGCUGUUCUACGCAAGUGAGAGGCUUUUCUCACGUGUUCUUCAAGACCACAGCCAUCGUGUCCACGUGAUUAAGGCUAUUGUAUAUUCGGGAAACGUUCUUGCACUUUACGUGACCAAACCUCCCGCGUUCAAAUACAAAAGUGGCAUGUACAUGUUUGUCAAGUGUCCUGACCUCUCACAAUUCGAAUGGCAUCCAUUCUCCAUCACUUCUGCACCUGGAGAUGACUAUUUAAGUGUUCACAUAAGAGCCUUAGGUGAUUGGACAACUGAACUUAGGAACACAUUCGCAAAGACAUGCGAGCCCCCUCCUCAAGCAGCCGCAAAGCCUAAACCAAAUAGUCUUAUGAGGAUGGAAACAAGAGCAACAGGUGCAAAUCCCCACUUUGAAGAAUCACAAGUCUUGUUCCCAAAGAUAUUCAUCAAAGGACCGUAUGGAGCUCCAGCACAAAAUUAUCAGAAGUUCGAUAUUCUUUUGCUGGUUGGACUAGGGAUUGGAGCAACUCCAUUCAUAAGCAUAUUGAAAGACAUGUUAAACCAUCUAAAACCCGGGAUUCCCAAAGUUGGGCAAAAGUACGAAGGAAGUGUAGGAGGAGAGAGCGUAGGAGGUGAUAGUAUUAGUGGUGGUGGAGGCAAGAAGUUUCCUCAGAGAGCAUAUUUUUUUUGGGUGACAAGAGAACAAGCUUCCUUUGAUUGGUUCAAGGGAGUUAUGGAUGACAUCGCCGAGUAUGAUAAAACCCAUGUGAUUGAAAUGCAUAACUACUUAACAAGCAUGUACGAAGCAGGAGAUGCAAGAUCUGCCCUAAUCGCUAUGGUUCAGAAACUUCAACAUGCUAAGAAUGGUGUUGACAUCGUCUCCGAAAGCCGGAUACGAACACAUUUUGCAAGACCCAAUUGGAGGAAGGUUUUUUCUGAAUUGUCAAGCAAACACGAAGCAUGUCGAAUAGGCGUGUUCUACUGUGGAAGUCCAACACUGGUUCGACCACUUAGAGAUCUUUGUCAGGAGUUUAGUCUCGAGUCAUCCACUCGUUUUACUUUCCAUAAGGAAAACUUUUAACCAAAACUACAUUUUUUGGCAAGCAUGUUAAGUUUUACGUACCAAAACUAAUCUUAUUACUAUUAUUGAACUAAAGAAGCCGAUUUUGAUGAUCACAUUGUAAUUAGUUGGUGACAUAAUGUAACGUAAUCAUCCCGUAAAAUGUACAGUAACAUUUUGAUUAAGCAAAAACCUCGAGUAUAUUUUGCUUAACUUGUUUGAAUAUCAAGAAUUUGUUCUUUAAUUUCUUUUUCUUCUCUUAGUAAUCUUUUUGAUUGUUGCCAAAAGUCUCAGAAAUGGACAUUUCAAAAUGUUCAUUUUAUUUUUGGAACCAAUUUUUUUUAAUAAGCUAAUAUUACAUAUACAAAAUUAAGGUGCACAAAUAAAAAAUACUAAAAAUAGAAUUAUAAUUUAGUUUUAAUUAACUAUUUAAUCUACCUGAUUUUGAUUUCUUUUUCUUAAUUAACGUACCCCUCAUGUAUGGAUAGGAAAUGCAAUUUGAUAUUAGGAAAGGUUUCUAUUUCGUGACAUAACAUAUGUACGACAGUUUUGUUUUAAUAUAUGUUUCUUGUUUUGCUACUGUAGUUUUCUCAAGGUUUAAAUUUUCACCAGACAAAUCCACAAGCGUAGAUUUUUUUUUUCAAACAUAACACAGAUUUGAGUACUAGUGUGAAUGUGCUAUAGUUAACAUUUUUAAAACAAAACGAAUGUGCAGAAGAGUAGGUAACAUGAGAACGAAGUGUAAAGGAGAGAGUCCAACCUGUUAAGCAAAACGUAGUUUGGUACGUAGCCUAAAUCAUUAAGAUAUCCAUCUUCUAUAUAUAUUUAUAUAUCUUAUAACAUAGAUUCUAUGUAACUUUCUGAAGAUUUGUGAAAAUAGAUAGACGAACAAACAACUAUUGCAAAAUUUGCAUUACUUCUAAAAAUAUUCCUUGGCGAUUAGAACUAUAUAAUCAUGUUACCUGCAUACUUGUUAACUAAACGAAAGCGUUUCACCUCCAGCAAGUAAACCAGAGUGAUUCGGACAUAUUUGAAUUCAAUAACUGUAUAAUCCUAAGGAAUACUACUCUGCUAUUAAAAAAAUUGAUUAAAGCAUAUAAGCAUUAUUCAUCAGUUCUAUUCAAAGAUUAUUAAAGAAAGUCUUUAGAAAAAGAUUAAGAAAAAGAGUUGAUUAUAUGUAACGCUAAUUGUGCAGGUAGAAUUUUGGUUACUCUUACGGGAAACUCAUAUUUUCGUAGAGAACUUUAUAAUUAUUCGGAUCUUUAUAUGUUCACGUAAAAGGUGGCUAGUAACUGUCUACACUGAUCUACAUAUAUAUGCGUAUUGUCUAAUUACUAUAUGUAUACAUACCUAAAUCCAUUAUACUAUAUUUUAUAUGUAGCCUUACUUAGAAAUCAAGGUUGGUGCAACUACAAUAUAUAUGUAAAAAAAUAAAUAAGAGAAAAACAU